CGACGGAGAGGGCACUGUGUGGGACCGGGUCGGGCGGCCCCACCGGGACUGCAUGUGCUACCUUGGACCUCCUACUACUUUGAUACCGAUCGGGAUGCGCAAGUCGCCCGACGUGAGCCCCAGAAGGCUUUCGGACAUCAGCCCGCAGCUCAGACAACUCAAGUACCUGGUGGUGGACGAGGCCAUCAAGGAGGACCUCAAGUCCUCCCGCUCAGUGGAGGACAUCAACAGCGCGUCCAUAGAGGAGCGGAUAUUGCGGAUCACCGGCUAUUAUGGAUACCAGCCUUGGCGUGCGAGCUACAAGAGAGAAGACCGCAGCAGGGAGAAUGUGGUGGGCACCACAGAUACACAGUCGGCUGGUGUUACGGCAGGAGCAGAGUCUGGCUCCAACAGACGGAGGCUCCACUGCUGCAUCAGAGUAACAACUGUACAGGUGCAGAAGGCCCUGUGGGGAGUCGCCAUGGUGAUGUGCGUGUGCUCAUCCUGGGCAGGCUCCACCCAGCUGGCCAAGCUGACCUUUAAGCAGUUUGACGCCCCCUUCACCCUCACCUGGUUCGCCACCACCUGGAACUGCCUCUUCUUUCCCCUCUAUUACAUUGGCCACCUGUGCAAGAGUCCAGAGAGGCAGACGCCCAGACAGAGAUUCAGGGAGUGCUGCAGGUUUUUCGGGGACGACGGGCUGACCCCCAAGGUGUUUUUCACCAAGGUAGCUCCCUUUGGCCUGCUGUGGAUCCUCACCAACUACCUGUACCUGCAGGCCCUCAGGAAGAUCAACACAACAGACGUGUCAGCGCUCUUCUGUUGUAACAAGGCCUUCGUCUUCCUGCUCUCUUGGAUUGUACUCAGAGACCGCUUCAUGGGGGUCAGGAUAGUAGCUGCUAUCUUGGCCAUAGCAGGCAUCGUAAUGAUGACCUAUGCCGAUGGAUUCCACAGCCACUCAGUCAUCGGCAUUACAUUGGUCGUGGCCUCUGCUUCGAUGUCAGCGCUCUACAAGGUGCUCUUCAAAAUGGUCCUGGGCAGUGCCAAAUUUGGAGAGGCUGCACUCUUCCUGAGCAUCGUUGGAAGCGCCAACUUCGUUUUCAUCAGCUUUGUGCCGGUCAUCCUGUAUUUUACACAAGUGGAGUACAUUGGCUCGCCUGAAGACAUCCCCUGGGCCUACCUCUGUGGGGUUGCAGGCCUGCUUUUUGCUUUCAACGUCCUGGUGAACUUUGGCAUUGCGAUAACAUACCCAACAUUAAUCUCACUUGGCAUCGUCCUAAGUGUUCCUGUAAAUGCCCUGGUGGACCUCUAUACAUGUGAGAUUAAUUUCAACACAGUGCGCCUCAUUGCUGUGUUCAUCAUUUGCCUGGGCUUCCUCAUGCUGCUCUUACCGGAGGACUGGGACCAGUGUAUCAUCCAGCUCAGCACCAAGCUGCGCAAACGCGACGAGCCGGCCGAGGGCAGUGGAGAGGCUGGCGCCACCACGGGGCUCAACUGGAGGGGGAGAGCCAGGACCUCCAUGUCAACAUUUGCACAUUGACUCCAUGACAUAUUACCAUGCAAACACACACAGGGAGGUAGACACAUUAACACCUCUUAGUGCCGAAGUCGGGACUUGUUUGACCUCCCCCUUGCCCUGCGCUCUCCUUCACACAGCUCCCUGGGUGAAAAAAGAAAAGUAUGUUGGACUGCCCUCUGAUCGAUAACAUUUCAGCCCAGAGCGGUGAUGCAGGAGGCAUUGCUUGUGUAUCACUCAUUUGGUGUCCAUUCCACUCAAGUUAUCCGAGUUGGUGCAUUGACUCAGAUCAACUCUAAUCCUUUUUACCCCCAAAAAACAGAAGAUCAGCUCUAACUGAUUGAGUCAUGUAUUCAUUUUGCUGUACCUCUUAAUCAUUCCAUUGGUUCACUACAUCCUUGCACUUGGGAAGACUCGCCAACUUGCCUGAUGUUUUUCAGUUCUGAGAGGAGAGACGGACAUUUUUCGAGGAAGGCCACGCACCUCGUGGACUUGCUGGCUUCAACAUAUACACAUUUACACACAUUUAAGAUCCAAAGAAGAAUGCCUAAAAAUGCUGAAUGCCUGAAUACAAACGGGAGCCCCACACUGGCAUCCCUCAGGUGUAAACUUAUUACAAAUACCUGCCUUUUGUGCACUGUAUAUAGCUGUAUUUCACACCUUGGAUGUCCUAUAGCUGUGGACCCGAUGGGCUCAUCUGUUGUGAAGGGACCUGUCUGGACAUCUGAGCAUCAAACUGAGCUGAAGAAGCUUUCACAACGCCUCGCUCUGUUCAUCCUGAGAGAAGAGGUCAGGUCCUUUUUUUACCACACUGAUUGGCCACCUGUGGUUCUGUGCUUUCCCGGGGUUAGACUCCCGCUAACUCAUCGCUGACACCCAUUGCUCAGGCCCACAGUUUAGUCACGAGAGCUCUACACCCAGUAUCUCUACUGCAUAAUUUUUCAGUGCAUGAGAUAGUUGAAAUUUGUUUGUCAAAAAAGUGCUGUCAGUCCAUCCAUAAAGCAUUUUGCCUCACAUUUUCUGUUGCUGAGACACAGGCAAAAAAACUAUUAACAUUUUAUUAUACAGGCAAUGCAGGUAAUAAAUAUAUUUACAUGUGGUGUCAUUCAUAUAAUAUUAAACUUUCACGAUUAAUGCUUCAGGUAUCCCGGUCUUUGGAUGGACGAAAAGCACUAACAGCUUAUUAUAAGACACGGAAACUUGGAACUACCCCUUUAAUAACUUUGAACAUCAAACAUAGCUAUCACUGAGCCUCCGUUUGAAUUCCUGUCAUAUUUAACCUUAUAGACUCAUGCACAGAAACUAAUUUGCGACUAUUCUCAGUUAAAUUGUUUUGUUUCUGGAGAAAAUAACAAACAGGCUAUGAAAACGGUUUCACUGUGGCUUGAGGAGAGGUGUGUGGACACAGGAGAAUGGCUCGCAUUUGUCCAGCUCUGCUCGUUGUCAGAGCUGUGUCUGUCUUCAUUUCUCACAUUUCAUGAGGCAAGUCAACAACCGAGAUGAACCUGGGAGCAACUGAGGCACACGCCUUGUAGAGCAACUGGUGGAAACUCUGCCUUGUUGUGAAUGUAUGAACAUCACUCGACCACACAUGCCCGUACGUGCUAUCUGUUUUUUACAGUGCCACCACAGACUGCUGCAGAGAGACUCUUUAUUACUAUCCUUCUUGUACUCGUCUGACAGAGUUGCAUUUUCUUUUCUUUUUUUGAACAAACUCUUGAGGCAUCGUACCAGACUUUUUAUAUUUUUGCGUUUGGUUGCUGACUAACCUUGAGAAACAGUGAGCUACACCUACAGGACAAGCAUGCACAUACUGUAUGAGCAGAUACAGUUGAGAAGUCCACUUCACUGCCUUUUCUUUGUUUUGCAAUAGAGUACAUUAGCACUGUUUCCCAUUGUCAUUCUCUAUGACAAUAAAUAAUGAUAUUGUAUUCCUCUGGAAUUAUUGCUAGACAUAAAUGUAAACCUUUGUAAGGAAUGAAGAUUUUUACACUGAUGCAACAUAUGAUUAUCACAUUUGAGGAAGAAAUAUUUAGAACGUGAAUAAAUCAUGGGUUUAUUAGAUCUACU